UUUUUAACAGAGGAAGAAAUUGAGGCCCUAGAAGCGUCAUGAUUUGUCAAGGUCACGGUUUCCUAACGCAGGAAUGGAGCCCGGGUCACUGAAAGGAAGUCAUUUCGGAGCAGAGGUGGAAGGAAGACCGAUUACUUUUCCCCUGAGUCCUGGGCUGUGGCUUUGCUGACUUGCUGGGGGCAUUUCUGACCCUCUAUUUUUGUUCUGAUUCUCCCUCACCCAUAUCUAACUGGCGGGACAGAGCAACCUCGGGGCUCCCAGUGGAUCCAGAGGCUUUUCGGGUUCAGGCCCAGGCUCAGGCCUUUACGUAUAACCCCCUAUCUGGAAGGCCUGAAGGCAGGGCACCGAGAGAAAUUUUUGUGUGAGGGGGUCCUUCCUUCCAACCUGUCAGUGGUUGUCUCUUGCCUUAGAGGAACUGGAGGUGGCAGUUCUUGAAAGGCAGCAGAGAGUGAUUAGAGAAGUGUGCAGCCUGAGGUGAGGAAAGGGUCACUUUCCACUGUGAGGAUAAGAAGAUGCAAUCAAAAGCCUGUUUUUUAGCACUACAGAUGGAAUCUCCUCCUUGCUCCAGAGCUCUGAGCUGCCUGCUGCACCCCAGCCUCGCGACAAGGGUCUAAGGAUAAUUCUGAGGCUAUGAUGGGCAUGAUUCCCAUAGAAGACCUGAGAUUUCUGCACUCUGAGCAAUAUCAAAUGCCACUGGAUUUGUUCUUGCCCUAGAGGAUGGCGAAAGGGCUCCUUGUGACCUACGUCCUUUGGGCUGUAGGGGGCCCUGCUGGGCUUCACCACCUAUACUUGGGAAGGGACAGUCAUGCCCUGCUCUGGAUGCUUACCCUGGGGGGAGGUGGGCUGGGCUGGCUUUGGGAAUUCUGGAAUCUCCCAAACUUUGUAGCUCAAGCCAACAGAGCCCAGGGACAGAAACAGAGCUCAAGAGAGGGGAUACCCCCACUGAGUCCCAUUCGCUUUUUUGGCCAGAUGAUAGUGGGCAUAUAUUUUGGCCUUGUGGCUCUGAUUAGCUUUUCUUCCAUGGCCAACUUCUACAUUGUGGGCCUCCCACUGGCAGUUGGCUUAGGUGUCUUGCUGGUGGCUACUAUUGGCAACCAAACCUCAGAUUUUAAGAACACUCUAGGAGCAGCAUUUCUUACUUCCCCUAUAUUCUAUGGCCGCCCCAUAGCCAUCCUGCCCAUCAGCUUGGCUGCCAGCAUCACAGCCCAGAAGCAUCGCCGCUAUAAACCUUCAGUGGAGUCAGAGACACUCAGUGUGCGGCUCUACCGGCUCGGUUUGGCUUAUCUUGCUUUCACAGGCCCGCUGGCAUACAGUACCCUGUGGAACACAGCUGCCACUCUCAGUUAUGUGUCAGAAACACUUGGCUCCUUCUUAAGUUGGUUCAGCUUUUUCCCCCUUCUUGGCCGCCUUAUGGAGUCAGUCCUCCUUCUGCCUUACCAAAUCUGGUGGCUAUUAGUUGGGGAUUCAGGUAUCAACAACCGCUACUUCCAGGAGUGGGAGAAGUUCUAUGAGUUUGUUCACAGUUUUCAGGAUGAGAAGCGCCAGCUGGCUUACCAGGUUUUGGGCCUCUCAGAUGGGGCAACAAAUGAAGAAAUACAUCGUAGUUACCGGGAGCUAGUGAAGGUCUGGCAUCCCGACCACAACCAGCACCAGAGAGAGGAGGCCCAAAGGCAUUUCCUGGAGAUCCAGGCUGCAUAUGAAUUUCUGACUCAGCCAAAGAAGCCCAGAGGAUCCCAGAGGUGAAAAUCAACUUUCUUGGAGAAUGGAGUCUUCACAGCAGAGUGGGGAAGCUUAUCCUAAGUCUUCUUUUGCCCAUCUGAGGUAUCUCAACAGUGUUAAAAAAAAACAAAAAACUGUCUACUUGCAGUGAAGAUGUGGAAAUCUUAUAGGGUUGAGAACAAUUGUGGUAGAAAAUACAUUUAUGUUCUGCA